GCGUUGGCUCAUUGCUGUCAGUUCACGACGCAGCAUCGAAAGUGCCUCAUCAGUAAAAUAAAAAUGAAAUUCCUCGCGCUAUUCGUCUGGCUGAUGGCAAUCGUCAUGAUUGCCUAUGCAAAUACUAUCGCAGAUACAGCUUUACACGGAGGAUCGUUACCAGCCGCGGAUUUGGAACAAUGUUAUGAGAGAGCGAAUUUAGUAGAAGCCGAUUUAAUUACAAACGCAGAAAUAAAGGAUGGUUCUUAUAAAAAUCCAGAAAAUGCGCAAAAAGCGAAAAAAAAUGGAUGCUUCGUCUUAUGUAUAUUAGAAAAACGUGGCUUAAUCGUUGACUCAGAGAUCCAGAAGGACAAGUUGUACGGCAAAUCAGCACACGCUCAUUUGAAUCAGGCUACUCAAGCUAAAAUAUACGCGACUGUAGAUCGUUGCAUUGAACAAGUUAAAACAAAGCCGGAUAUGUGCGACAAGUCCCUUGACCUUCUUACGUGUCUCUGGAAAGAUUUCUAAUCUGAGAAACGAAAGAGAGAAAGAAUA